AUGAGUAAAACAAACAAAUCUGACGAAGAGCGUGUCACAGUAAUUAAGAAGUACGCAGCGCUCGCUUCAAUUAAAUUUUGCGAUCAAGAGCUGCAAGAUGACGAUAUGGAAGUCAUUGGAAAUGAAUUGUCCAUUAACUCCGUGUGUAAGGAACUUGUUCUCAAAAAUAAUGAGAUUACAUCCGACGGUGUUCGACCUCUGAGUGAAGCGCUUUCACGCAACUCAACAUUGGAGGUACUCAAUCUCUCUGGGAAUCCACUUAAGAUGAAAGGUGCUGCUUGCCUCGGCAGUGCAUUGUGCCGCAACUCCGUAUUAGUCGAUCUUCGUUUGGAUUCGACGCGUAUGGGCGAUGAAGGAGCAAGAAAAAUAGCUGACAUGCUUCGUGCCAAUCACACACUCGUCUAUGUUGGGCUGAAUAACAAUCAAAUCACAAGUGUUGGUAUCGAUUUCUUGUCGAUAGCGCUUGAAAUUAAUAAUACUCUACAGUCAAUUGAUAUAAGUAGCAAUGAGGCGGGUGUUGACGGGGCGAAGUCCCUCGGCAAAAUGUUGCUUCACAACAGGAAUCUCUGCAAGCUAUACGUCGAUAGGAAUGAAAUUGGGGAUGUUGGAUUCAUGUCGAUAUUCGAUGGCUUGAAAAGAAAUGCAACUCUCUUCAAAUUAUCAGUCGGCAACAACAAUAUCACCGAUCGAACUCUAGACACUAUCAUUAACUUGUUGAAGGUCAGUGGAACAUUGACAACAAUUGACUUAAGAGGAAAUAAACUAUCAAAAGUCGCUCAAAACAAAAUUCAACAGACAGCUGACCUAACAAAGACAUGCAAUACGCUGUUUCGCAAUAAGUGA